AUGGGAGCUAAUAAAAAGCUUAGUGGUUCAGGAUAUAGAAAGCAAGCAAAAUUAAAACAAUUAAAACAUGUUGAAUUAAUUAAGACUUGUAGAAAAUUAGAUGGUAUAUUCAAGCCAUCAACUAUUCCAAAUACAGAUGAUAAACUAGAGAUAUUAAACCAAGGUAAGCAAAUACAAAUGAACCCGGAUUAUUCAAUUGUAAAUAAUUCUGAACAGCAUGAACCUACACAAAUUAGUGGAAAUAUUGAGACAGAAAAUACAGAUGAUAAACUAGAGAUAUUAAACCAAGGUACACAAAUACAAAUGAACCCGGAUUAUUUAAAUGUAAAUAAUUCUGAACAGCAUGAACCUACACAAAUUAGUGGAAAUAUUGAGACAGAAAAUAGUGUUUCUGAGAUAAAUACUGAUAUAUUGUUAUCUAAGAAUAAUGAAGUUAUUGCUGAUGUUUUGUUUGAGCUUGAGCCUAAUGAUAAUCCUGGAUGUGAUCCUGCUUUAUGGAAAAUAAACGAGUUAACUAUAGAAUAUAUUUGUGUAAACGGAUUUUCUCAAGAUUUAAAUGAUUUAAAUUUUACCAAGUCUAAGCGAGCAUAUACAAAAGUUCACAAAGGAUCUACUAAAACCUACUAUAGGUUUUGCAAUAAAAACUAUUGGAAUACAAGACUAACUAAUGGUGAUUCAUUUAAACGUAAUUUCAUUUUGUAUUCAGAAAGUAAGGGUGUAAUUUACUGUAUCCCAUGCUUGUUGUUUGGAAACCUAAAUUCACCUUCAUUUGCUUCAAAAGUAUUUUCAAACUGGAAAAGAGCCGAUGAGCUCAUAUCACAACAUGAAAAUUCCUUAAAACAUCGUUCAAAUAUUCUAGCAAUGAAAAACCGAGGACAAAUACUUCAAAGAAUUGAUCAACAAAUAAUACAACAAAUUGAAAAUGAACGUAUGUACUGGAUCAAUGUUUUAAAAAGAGUAGUGGCAAUUGUUAAAACAUUGGCAUCAAGAGGUUUAGCAUUCAGAGGACAUACUUCAAAAAUUGGAUGUCCACAUAAUGGAAACUUUAUGAUGGCACUUGAGUUAUUAGCUGAAUUUGACCCUUUUAUCUCAAACCAUAUUUCCACAAACGGUAAUCCUGGUAAAGGUCAUACCUCAUAUUUAUCAUAUUAUAUUUAUGAGCAGUUUAUUUUAUUAAUGUCUAAAAAAGUAGAAAAUACUAUUAUUCAGGAUGUCAAUACUUCACGAUAUUUUUCAAUAAGUGUUGAUUCAACACCUGAUAUUACCCACACUGAUCAACUUUCUUUAGUUGUACGAUAUAUUGAUGAAAGUGGAAAUGUAUUUGAGCGUUUUUUAUGUUUUAUGAAUAAUGUUGGACACAAAGCAGAAAAUAUGGCUGAAGCAGUGAUAACAAUUCUGAAUAAGUACAAUUUGAAUCUUAACUAUUUAAGGGGGCAGUCAUACGACAAUGCGAGUAACAUGUCAGGUAGUUACUCUGGAUUACAAGCUAGAAUAAAACUGAUAAAUCCAUUGGCCAAGUUUGUUCCCUGCUCGGCUCGUUCAUUAAAUUUAGUGGGACAAAAUGCGGCUAGCUGUUGUAGAGAAGCUAUUCAUUUUUUUAACUUUCUUCAAAACUUGUACACAUUCUUUUCGGCAUCAACUUACCGUUGGCAGAUUUUAAAUUCUUCAAUCAAGAGAAUGUCAGAUACAAGGUGGUCUGCAAGAGAUGAUGCGUGUCAUUCAUUGAAUAAAAAUUGGUCUUCUAUUGAAAAUGCUUUAAUUAAGAUUGGAGGAAAUGAAAAAGAAAAACCAGCUAUUCGAUGUGAAGCAAAUGGCAUACUCAAAAUACUUAAAUCUUUAGAGACAUCCUUCUUAUCAAUUUUUUGGGGAGACAUAUUACAUAGGUUUAAUAUAGUUAGCAAAAAACUUCAAAGUGUAAAUAUUGAUUUAAGUGUUGUUGUUGAGCUUUAUCAAUCACUAAUUAACUAUGUUGGUGAUGUUCGUACAGAUAAAGACUAUUCGAAUUUUAAAAAUACUGCUAUUGAUAAAUGUGGUAUUAUGAACUUCAGAACAACUGCAAAACGACAAAAAAAAAUUAAAAAAUGUAGUGAUGACAGUUCAACAGAAAACAUUGUCACUGAUUUUAAAAUAAAUACAUAUUUUGUAAUUUUAGAUCAAUUGAAGUCAGAAUUGUUGAAAAGAAAAAUUGCAUAUGACAGCCUUUUAAAAAAUUAUUCCUUUUUUUUUAAAUUAACUGAAUUGACAGCAGCAGACAUUAGGAUAUCUGCUGAUAUUUUAAGAAAUGAAUAUAAUACAGAUUUGGGAACUUCAUUUUCCAAUGAAUGUAUUCAUUUUGGCAGCUACAUAAAAACAAUUUCCAAUCCUCCACAGAGUAUACAAGAUAUGUUAAUAUUUAUAAGGAAAAAUGAGCUAAAGGAUAUCUUUCCUUAUGUGGAUAUUGCUUUGCGAAUGUUGUUAUGCACUCCAGUUAGCAACUGUUCAACCGAGAGAUCUUUUUCAGUCCUAAAACGUAUAAAAUCAUACUUAAGGUCAAGCAUAGGAGAAGAAAGGUUAUCUGCAUUAGCAAUUAUGAAUAUAGAGGCUGAUAUCACUACAACAAUAAGCUAUGAUAAUAUUAUUCAAGAAUUUGCACAAGACCGUGCACGUCGAAAAAUAUAA